AUGAGGCAAACAAAGUGUGGCCUCGGCAGGCUCGCCGAGGCGUUCUUCAUGGGAUGCUGCCUGCUGAUCGGAAGGGAGUACAUCAUGCUGCUGGCCGAUAACAAUGCCGACCAAGGCAAGACGAUGUAUACCGUCUUUAAGUUAAUCACUUUCCUUACGAUAAUAGCGGCAGGAGAUCCACGCUGUUACUUGCCGUCUCUGAUAACUCCUUCCGUGGUGGUACAGUUCAUUUGCUCGUUCCUGGUUUUCGGUUUAAGCGGCGGCGGGACGUACACCCUCAUCGUGCAGUGCUUGAUACUAGCGCUAGGUGCCGUAAUGAACACGUUACUGCUGCUGCAGGCGGCCACGGAGUUUUCGAAUAACGCAGCUACUACUCUGGCAUUCCUCUGCGGAUGCGUGUUUUCGUACGAAUUGGCGGAUAUUUGCAACGCUCUGCCGUGGUUCCGUAGGAACAUGUUUAUGAGGUUGGUGCUGAGGGAGUUUCCCUCCCACGCACUGAUUCAGACCAAGUGCGCUGCCAUGGCGGCAGCAAUCACGAUGCGCUACGCAUUGGGAGAACAAUGCAGCUUCUACAGUGUCGAUCUUUGGAAGUUUUACAAAGCACACAAGAAUGCGUUUGUUGAAUGGAGAACGCAUCCCCUAUUCGGGUUGAUCCUAAGAGAAAGGUCUAAGAAGAUGAUGCCGCUGUACACCUGUAUGGCCAUACUGAUUGCAAUAAUAGGGGCCCUGCCUCCCCACGCGCAGCUGUUUAAGUUGCCGCUUGCAAAUUACAGGCUAAUGUAUAUUGCCGGGUUCGAGGAAUGGGCGCUGGGCGCCGGGGUCCUCAUGGGCGCGAUCCUGCCGUUUCCCCGGUCGUGCAAAUUCAUGUUGCACGUAACUGUUCUCGUCAUGUGCCUGCUAAAUACGCUGCACGUGCCGAUAUACAUGCACUUUACGUCUUUGUCGAUGCUAAAACCGUAUACGCUCACCUGGUUUUGCAUUGUGACCUCGUUCCUUGAGGGAUACACCCUGAGCUACGGGAUUGGACAACUUGUAUCCGUAGCCUUUUUGCGAGGGUGUAGUGGUGUGCUCGUUAGUAAGAGCUGUUGUGAAGCAAUUGCGGACGCGCAAUGCUUCUGUAAACAAAAGGCGGAUAAUUUUGAAUGUAGGGGUAGGUAUGACCCAUCGAGGGCCGGGAGCCCAGGUGCUAAACAGAAAUCCCCCAGUGUCUCAACAAAUCACAUUAUAUGGGUAAAGCAAUGUGAUAAUACCUAUAAUAUGGGAAGAUGUUUCCCACUGAAAUGCAAAUGCACUCCAGAACCUGGUGCUAGUAGCCAGGGCAAGGUUCAGAAGACGUGUAUUGAGUGCACUAUGUGCAAUAAAAAGGAUGGUGACUGCAAGACCAAGGAACUUAUACCAGUAACAUGCACAAAGAAGAUUGCUGCAGUAGAUGAAAAGGUUACUAAGGCUGAGGAGAACCAACAAAAUAAGGGUGGUAGCGGCGAUUCUGCAGGAGGGGCGGGUGGUUCGUCAAGUAGCCCUACUUCACCAUCUACGCCAACGAAAUCACAAGCUGCUGUUUCACUUCAGCAGUCGCAGGAAUCACUACCCAAAUGCACUGAGGCAGAAGGAAAAGGUGCCUCAGCAUCACCCAAAGCUGGUGCUGCAAAAGCACCGGCGAAAGAAGAAAAAACUAAACCUGAUUCCGAGAAAGCUACAGGCGUUGAAGCUAAGGAUGCUGCGAAGAAAAAGAAAAAGAGGGAAAGUAAAUGCUUUUGUAAGAAUUUGCUUGAAAAUGACUGUGCGACGGGUUGUUUAGGCUGCGUUUGCGUAACGGAGAAGGAAUAUGAAUAUGAAGAGGAGAUUGAAGAAGCAAAACGAAAGGCCGCUUGCAAGAAACUGAAAUGCGUUGAAUGGAUUACGACGCAGCAAGCACAGCACUAUGUGUUGCGGAAUGCACAAAGCUCCACCUGCGACGAUUGUGAUCUGACAUUACUGCUCGAAGCUGUGCCGGUGGGAAACAGGAGCGAAAUGUGUUGCCUAUCCACCGUAGAAGAGCCUCCGUUCACAUGUUGCUGGCAAGAGUGGAACCCGGACAUGGAUAGACUUUACAUAGGGUAUUUGGAUGCCGAUUGCCCACUGUGCUCCAUAGUGGAAGUACGAACGAUGGAUUUCGCAAAAGAGUACUCUCAGAAUCUAAAUGAGUCAUUUUGUCACCACUUCAAUAUUCGUAGCAUGGAAUUCGGAUCAUGCUGCCACAGUACGUUAUAUCUGAAAAUGCUUUGUGACAAAAGAGACAAGUAUCCGCAUCUCCACAGACGAAGAUACGAAUUCAAGCAUUAUCCGAUAUCAUACCUCUACUUCACUACAGCUGCAGUGAUGAAUGAGGAGGUGGAAAAACUGAAAAGUAAAAGAGGGCAGUCUUCAACAGCGUCUUCUGCGCUGCUAUCGAGUACUGCUGCUGCAAGUACAGGGUCAUCAGGUGCACCCGGUGCUCCGUCGGGAGUCGGAGGAGCAGCAGCGGGUAGUGCUGGACAAAUAUCAUCAUCAGGUUCAACGCCAUCACCAGGUCCUGCUGCAGUACCAGGUGGUGGUAAUGGCGGUAGUGGUGGUGCACAAGCGUCACAAAAUACCGGUCAAAACGUAACUCAACCUGCUGGUGGCGCUUCUCCAGUCGCUUCUAAGCCUACCGAUAAUUGUGACGAAAAUGGCAAUCUUGUUUUGUCACCGUCUACAGAAUUCUUGGUCGACCAGAAGUACAAGACAUGCUGUUUCGGUGUUGCCACCAGGUUAUUCGCGUAUUACCGAUACGUAACCGAAAUGAACGGAUGUAACUACUGUGUUACGGAUAAGUGUGAUGAGUCACGUCAACCAGUCCAUUGUGACUGCAAGGGUGGCAAGUGUUCCAUAGGUUGCUGCGUCAAGGUCCAAUUUACCGAUGAGAUCUCUACGCAGAACAUUGCCAACAAAUACAGGUACAUCUCGAUAGUUUGUUUUUUCGCCCUCUGCUUCGUUAUGCAGUUGAUUCUAACGUAUAUAUACCAUUCUUUCACCAGCCCAAGCAGUGCGGUAUACUGCGAUUUUGGCGUGCAUAUGCAAUCCAUCACCAAGGGCGGCUGGAAGGGCGCUAUCAGAGCGCAGUUGGCAGACCCGCAAUCUGAGGUUUUCACACUCCAACACCACGAUACCGAGAAGGGCAUGGCAAAACUCGUACAACCGCUCGAAUUGUUCAUCCCCGGGAAUGUAGAUAGUUUCGCGACUUGGGUGAAGGCGCAGGUGGCGUCGGUUUUCCCGGAAUUCGCGCGAGUCUACGAUUUGAAAAUGUAUUAUACUGCGUGUACGGCUCUGUGCAUGUAUACGAUGCGAAAGUGCUUCGAAGUUGUUGAGCCUCUGAUUCGACUUCACCUGCAGAGGUGGGAACGGCGGUGGGAGAAGGAGUUCGCCUGUUACAAGGAAUCGCUGGUAGGCGCGUUAGAGAAGUCCGCCCACAUGUCGAGGCUGGCGCAGGUUAUGCGAUACGAAAUGGGCUCCUUUAUGUACAACGCCGUCCCCGACCUACCGGACGGCGCCUGGACCGCACUGAUCGAUGAAAUUAAAUUGUACCAAUGGAUAACCGAACACGAGCAGCGGAUACAGAAGAAGCGUAGAUCCGGCGACUACGACAGCCAGUUAACAAUUAGGCAGAUUCUCAACAAGGUGUGGAGGAAGCGCCUGAGGCUCAUCAGGAGGCUUGAGGAACAGCGGAGAGCCGUCUUCCACUGGCAGGGGCUUACUGAUUCAUACGAAAUGUUAAAGAGGUUUUAUGCACAACAGGAUCUGGCGUUCGGCGUGACGGAAGAACCUGCUGACGACGCGGAUGACUUCCCUGUCGGCGACGACUUGUAUUCCGACGCCACGCCACACACAGACACAGCGACGCAGUCGCAUACGGAGACAAAUUAG